GCGAUUAAUACAGAUAAGCAGUCGAUUAAAAGAUCGCCAUGGGGAGGAAGAAGGUGAAGCUCGCAUGGAUCACCAACGACGCCACGAGACGCGCCACCUUCAAGAAGCGGAAGAAGGGCUUGGUGAAGGAGGUGAGCGAGCUCGCCACGCUCUGCGGCGUCGAGGCGUGCCUGGUCGUCUACGGGCCUCAGGAUGCUGCGGAGGCGGAGCCGGAGGUGUGGCCGUCGCCGGCGGAGACGGCCCGCGUGGCCACGCGCUUCAAUAGCAUGCCGGAGAUGGACCGGUGGCGCAAGAUGACCAACCAGGAGGGCUUCCUCCGGCGGCGCGUCGCCAAGCUGCAGUACCAGCUCCGCCGCCAGGAUCGCGAGAACAGGGAGCUCGAAGCGAGCCUCUUCGCCCACGAGAUUAUGGCCGGCGGCCGCAGCCUGGACGACGCCGGCCUAAAUGACGCGGUGGGACUGGCGCAGAUGAUGGACAUGAAGCUGAAUCUGGUGCAGAAGAGGGUAGGAUAGGAGACGAUGAGGAA